UUACCCAGCACUCUGCUAAACAAACCUGCCAGACGCCGGGCGCGCCUCUUUAUAAACACUAGCUGAACCAUCGAGUUAAACAAGUGCCUGCUCAGAAAUAGCAGCAGUGUGAUUGAGACUAUACAGCUAGCAUAGCAGGCCUAAGUACUGGCAAUGGCGGGAGAGAGGAUGAGCACUAGCAGCGGCGGCUUUGCCGGCCUGGUGGCGUGCGUCGCCACCGUGUGCCUGCUGCUGCCGACGGGGAGCCGCGCCCAGCUCAAGGUGGGGUUCUACAACACCACCUGCCCCAACGCCGAGGCGCUCGUGCGUCAGGUCGUCACGGCUGCUUUCGCCAACAACUCCGGCGUCGCACCCGGCCUCAUCCGCCUCCAUUUCCAUGACUGCUUUGUCAGGGGCUGCGACGCCUCCGUCCUCCUAUCCGUGAACCCCGCCGGCGGCAACACGGAGCGUCAGUCCCGGGCGAACAACCCGAGCCUGCGCGGCUUCGACGUGAUCGACGCCGCCAAGGCCGCCGUGGAGCGGAGCUGCCCGCGCACCGUCUCGUGCGCCGACAUCGUCGCCUUCGCCGCCCGCGACAGCGUCAACCUGACGGGCAAGCUCUUCUACCAGGUGCCCGCGGGGCGGCGGGACGGCCGCGUGUCCAACGAGACGGAGGCCGACACCAACCUGCUUGGCCCUGACAGCACGGCGCAGGUCCUCAUCGACGGCUUCAGGAGGAAGAACCUCACCGUCGAGGACAUGGUGGUGCUGUCGGGCUCCCACACUAUCGGCCGCUCCCACUGCGCCUCCUUCCUGGCCACCAACCGCCGCCGGCUGGCCGACGGGACCAUCAGCGCGGCGUACCAGGCGCUGCUGGAGGCGCUGUGCCCGCCCAGCCCCGGCCAGUUCGACCCAAACACGACGGAGAUCGACGUCAGCACGCCGGCUGUGCUGGACAACAACUACUACAAGCUGCUGCCGCUCAACCUCGGCCUCCACUUCUCCGACGACCAGCUCAUCCGCAACGCCACGCUCGCGCCGCUCGCCAACGCCUUCGCCGCCGACGAGACGCUCUGGAAGCAGAAGUUCGCCGCCGCCAUGGUCAAGAUGGGCAACAUCGACGUCAAGACCGGCACCACGGAUGAGAUCCGCCUCAACUGCAGCGUCGUCAACCCGUCCUCGUCGUCGGCGGCCGCCGCCGGGGUGAUCGAGAUGCUGUUCCCGGCCGACGAGGUUGCCACGAGCUGAUGAAGUACUGAUGAUCAGCAAUAUGUACACACGUUACACGUACGCGCGUGUGCAUGAGUAUUGAUCAGCAGUGUCGUCUUUGCUUUGCAUGUAUGUGAUUGCCUUUUGUACGUACGUGUGGACGUGGACCUACUAGCUUGUUGUUUGUUGCGCACAGUCGUACACCCGGGCUUGGUGUGGGAAAUUAAUAAACAAAAUAAUGAUCGAUGAUCUACGUACUUCUUAAA